AUGCCGCGCAAGACUCGAACCCCAGAGUCCCUUGCUCUCAACCGUGAGAACCAGCGCCGCUCGCGCGCUCGGCAGCGCGAGCUGGUCGAUGAACUCCAGACUCGCGUGCGUGAGUACGAACGUCGCGAUGGCCAGGCUACGCUGGAGAUGCAGCGCGUUGCCAGGGCUGUUGCUGGCGAAAACGCGGCCUUGAGGGGCCUCCUGGCUGCGAAGGGUGUGCUUGCUGAAGAGGUCGAAGCUCAUGUUGAGGCUGUGAAGCGGGAGGAGAGGGUGGUUGUGAGAACAGGAGUGUCGUCUGUCACGCCCGCUUCUACACCGUCUUGCACUGCAUCGCCUGUUGAGGUCGUUUCGAAGCCGAUGCUGUACUCUCAACCUCAACCUCAGGCGUAUGGUCCUGUCCGGGAGAACAGCAACCCUCCCCUUUCUUUCCAGCCCAAGAUAUACUCGCCACCAACGCCUGCUACUACCGCCACGUCAUGCACAGAAGAAUCAGGCUGCUGUCCUAGACCACAACCUCAGUCACAACCUCAGUCGCAGCUUCAGCCACAGCCACACUCACAGUCGCAACAACUGGAACCACAGGGGUCAAGAUCUCCAGACAAAAUUCACUGCAUGGAAGCUGCUACGAUUCUUGCUCAAAUACGGGGCCAUUCGGAUGUUUCCAACGCUAGGGCGUCCCUUGGAUGUGCUACUAAUGACAAUUGUAUGGUCCGAAAUACAGAUUUGCUCAACUUGAUGGAUGAAAUGACCUGA